CUCGUAGAAGACGCUCCUUCCACAAUCAUUCUUAGGCCCUACGUACAUGCACCACGUGGUGUAGCUCCUCUGGAGAUGCGCUUAGGUGGUCACAAUGCAUUGUACAAGCACGCAGUGAAACGUGCAAUAUGGCCUCAAACGAGGCAAUGCCAAUUCCUCCGCUGCUUCACCUCUACCUCCAGAAACAAUACCGUCGAGCUUGAUCUGUCAUUCAGAGACACCCCCAACCCUAAUGCCAAAUCCAUUGCGGUUAUAGGCGGCGGUAUCACCGGGCUCGCUACAGCUUACAAUCUGACCCAGCGAAUACCAGAUGCGAAAAUCACAAUAUAUGAGGAGAAAGACCGAUUGGGGGGUUGGGUAGACUCUGAGGUCAUUAAAGUCGACAAUGGAGAGAUAUUGUUCGAAUGGGGACCGAGGACAUUACGUCCAGCAUUGGGCGAUUCCGGACUAGCCACUGUUGACCUGCUGAAAGACCUCGACCUAGUCAAGGAGGUCCUUCCAAUAUCGAAACACAGCCCGGCGGCCUUGAACAGAUUUAUAUAUUAUCCAGACCACCUUGUGCUCAUGCCGGGUCCUGUUCGUGGAUUCUUAGAACUGCUCCAUCGGCUGUGGAUGGCCUGGGACGAACCGAUAUACGAAGGGUUGAUUUCGGCAGCCCUUGCAGAGCCCUGGGUUGCUCUGCGGGCUCCCGACAUCAAGGAUGAGUCAGUCGGACAUUUCAUGACGCGCAGAUUUGGGAAGAACUUGACGGAUAAUCUAGCAUCAGCUUUCUUCCAUGGAAUCUAUGCUGGCGAUUUAUAUCGGCUUAGCGUCCGCACCCUGCUGCCUAAGCUGUGGUAUCUAGAAGGCAGAGACAGGGAGAACGAACCCGGACUGUUGUUGACCAUGGUGGCUUUGAUGAGGAGUCGCCAGGUACCCGUCCUGGAGAGACAAGUCAGAUUCGCCGGAAUUGAUGUACGUGAACAGUAUAACACCAAUCCUCUGCGGAAAGCCUUGGUCGCGCUGCUGCAGAGGUCGAGUGUGUACACUUUUAGACGAGGCUUGGGUGAACUCACCACUUCACUCGAGACAGCGUUAUCUUCGAAUUCCAACGUCACGAUACAGAAAUCUGCUUACGUCGACCAUAUCAGUUUCAAGCGAGAUGAGAAGACUAUAUCAGUCAGCACUAAAUCUCCCACGAUCGAUAAGACGGCAUCGAAGUUCAACUAUGUGGUGUCGACUCUUGGGCCGUAUGCGAAGGCAAUGUACCUAACGAAGUCCAGGUCGAUGCAUGCGGACACCAGCGUUAAAGCAGCUCUCCGACGAAGCGGUUCCUCUGUCAGUGUUAUGGUUGUAAAUCUUUAUUACAGCAAUCCAGAUCUGAUACCACCGUCAUACAGAGGAUUUGGGUAUCUCAUUCCCCGUUCUAUACCUGCCGAGCAGAACCCAGAGCGUGCACUGGGCGUUAUUUUCAGUUCAGAGACUUCUGGACGCCCGGGUGGCUUUGAAGAUAAUAUGUUAAUGUAUCUCAAGAAGAUGGCGGUGGAGUUGGCACAGAAACAAGGCAACAUGACACAUACAGAAAAGCACAAGAAUCAGAACGACCACGCAACUUCCGCUCCCGACAGCGAGCAGGGAGAACUAAAUAAGUCACGACGUUUCAUUCCAGAGGAUGGGAAGGACGAAGGCCAAGAUACUGCACCUGGUACGAAACUCACCGUGAUGAUGGGGGGUCACUGGUGGGAUUACUGGGCUCCCGAAGACAUUCCGAGUCCAGAGGAGGCUAUUGACAUGUCUAAAACACUGCUCAGGAGGCACCUGGGAAUCGAUGAAGAGCCCGAAUUAGCGAAAGCACGACUGAACCGCGAUUGCAUCCCUCAAUAUCAGGUGGGGUACCGAGAUGAUAUGGCCAAGAUCCACCAAGCUCUUCUGGGUGAAUAUGAAGGACGCUUGAAAGUCGCUGGCCCAUGGUGGCAAGGUGCCGUGGGUGUCAACGACUGCAUCCAGAAGGCUCGUGAAACGGCUUGGGCAAUUGAACACCAGUGGGAUGAUCACACAGGACUAGAGGAUUACACAAAAGACGAGGUCUGGUAUUUUAACGAUGUCGGGAAAAGGGAGCUCACUCGAGACAACCCGCGAUAGGAGCCUGUUGCUGCAAGCGCAAAAGAUUUGUCAGAGCAACCGAACCACCGGAUAUUUCACAAGGUGUCAAGCCAAAUCACAAUCGCAAAACAUGCCUCAUUGCGAAUUCAUACUCAGCACAAGGAAGGACGCAUGUCGCGAAGUGCAAGAGAGGCUUCACCACCGUCGACUGCUUGAGAAAGAGGGGGAAACGAGAAAAGCUGAGUCAGUUUCAGCAAGUCCCUAGCUGGCACCUCGACGGAAAUAUUAUGUCGAACAUGGUCGAGGCAAGUUUGACAACUUGCACGCCCUUCACUAACAGAAUCAAAAUCUCGACCAAUCAUAACGCAUGAGGCUGACUGCUCUCUCCGCGUCCAGAGUAAAGCCUAUCUGCAUCCUGCAUCCCGCGUUCCAGACAGUAUCACGAAGAAAGGGAUUGGAUGCUGCGUGUUCGUCGCCAUCUGAGCACCGUAGGAACAUAGCCAACGGGUCUGGUUGUCAAAGAGCACGUGGCUUGACCAUCAACGCCGAUAUCGCCUGGUCACUUUCAGCUUUUAGCUUCCCUUACCUCAUUUCUUUCCGUCUAAUUUUGUCUACCCAUUCAAUGGCCCUGGCUCCGAACUGCCGGACGCCUGGCGGAUUGUCUCGCUUGCGUAUUCGACAUUCCUCUCGAUCUUCGGUCUGGACUUAUGAAUCACGACUUCUCAAGCUCUGCCAGCCAGGCACAAUGUACUCCGUACAGGCAUUCCUGUUCCCAUCCCACUACUUCCCUCGAACUUCUUCCAUUCAUGUAUGGGUAUGCUGAUCCAUCCUGCACCUCUCGAUCCAUAUAUAUAUAUACAGGCAGGUACGGAGACGCAAUACCUGAACAUCGCGGUUUACUAAUCCUCUACCGCGUAUAUCCCGCGCACCACGCCCUACACUGACAACAUCCUCCACACAGUAUCCACCAAGCCACGAGGCUAGGCUUCGGCAAGAUCCUGAUUUGAUCGUUUCAUUUUGUUUCGCUUAGCGCAAAAGGAGUUGUGCAAUUCAAUUGGAUGCAGUCUGUGUGGGAAGCAUAGGACCAGCGACAGGUCCAGAGCUUAUGUGAUUCGUACUCGGACCUAGGCAUUGCUUCUCCCUCUGACUCUUUCCUGUCCUUCUUCUCUUUCCCUUUCUCCUUGCUUUACGAGCACCUCGCGGAAGUGGGCAGAUGUCAUUUGGGUCGACAGCUGUUCUUCAGGAGGUUUCAUGUCCUCAGUUGGAUCCAUCAACCCGGCGCAGGCGUCGACAUGUGUAGCUCAGCUCCGAACAUCAACCCUUUGACCUCACGGGGCCCGGCGGUGACCUCGUCGACAUAAUGAACGCUUCGAUGCCUCAAAUCUUCGAAUUUUGAGUCGAGAACCGAACGAGAGCUGAGAACACUCGAGUUCAAGAGACCUCAACAACAGUGGCAAGACAAUCAACCCAAACCAACCAACCCAACUUGGCAAAGAACCAUACCGACCGACCGGCCGGGACAAGUUAACUGUGCUUUGGCUUUGUUACUGGGAAGAUGUUUAUCUCCCUUCUCCCGGCCAGGCCCUCGGCGGGCUCGACUGUCCCGUUAUUGUCGUCGUGUCGCGAAGACAUCGCAGAUGCCUCAGAUCGUAUCGACAAAGUAUUUCCCCAUUCGCGACCAAGACACCACAAAAAGCCGACCCCCUUUGGUCGGGCUUCGCCUUGACCUGACGCGACAGGACGCGACACAUCACACGACACGACGCAACGCGGCUUGUUCAUGAAAGCGAGCAGGAAGCAAGACAAGAGCAUCGAAAACGAACUGUACUCAGUAAAGCAGUCCAGUCCAGAUAACGCAAAAAGACGAGCAGAGCAGCCUGAAGAAGGGCGUGCACAGCCUGUCUGUCUCCCUACCUCGUCAGGGAAUGUUUUCUUUCCCUUCUCACGGUGUACGUUCUCGUUCUGCGCUGUGCCUAUCUAUCUCAUUUCACCACAGAACCACACAACCAACGAACCAACGAGAUCGAGGCUAUGUACGUUAGAAGGCCAGAACGACUCGGCGUAUAGAAUUGCCCAAAAAAGGAGCAAGAGUAAAAACAUCCGUCUUUCCUGCGGAGAACUCGGCAUGGCAUGUCAUAAUACCAGACCAACGAAGAAAAGGGGAGCAAGACGCCUUUCAGCCAUAGACAUGGAUAUGGCCUCUACAAUAACCGAAUCUGGUUUGAUCGCGAUACUCCUGACACGAAAUGAAAAACGAAAACGAAGACGAAAAUGAAAAC